GUCGCGUCGACGGGCGGCCGGGAACUCGCGGCUCGCCACACUGACUCCGCACGCUGAAUACGCAUACUUUUCUUCUAGUACGUUUUUGAAUACGCGCCGGUAACAGCGCCACGUGAUACGCUCGCAGUCGCCGCUGUUUUUUUCUCUUUCGCUCGAGUUUGUGACGGCCGAGUGUUGCGUGCGAUCGCGACCAUUUCCCGCCACUUCCAUCUAAUCAGGGAAAGAAAAAAAGUCUUAAGUUUUUUGGCGCGAAAUGUUCGACUCGCCGACACUUGCCGUAAUGCUGGAUUUAAGUGGUAGACACAAAUGACUGCGGUUUCUUGUGCGAAGAUUGUUGGGCUGUGAUUGUCUUUUCGCGGUUGUAACUGCUUAGGAAAAGUUUGCUAAUUAUGGAUGACUGGGAGCGACACGUCACUCCUCUCCUCCAGGAUAUGGGGUGUUCCAGCGAGGACGCCCAAGAUGACUUCUUUAAUCAACAAGAUUUGCUCGUGGGCAACAGCGGGGCGGGUACGGGCGGAGCGGCGACUAGUCCGGACGGUGGGUCGAGCUCAGCCCCUCCGCUCUCCCCGGGCGGGUCGGCGGUGGCCGGAGGUGCCUUGUCUCCCGGCGCGGGCAGCCACGCUAGCACACCAGCUGCUUCUUGCUGCGACACCCCGCGGCCCAUCAUCACCGACCCUGUGUCCGGCCAAACAGUCUGCUCGUGCCAGUACGACGGAGCAAGACUCGCUCUCUCGUCGUAUCCGAGGCUGUCGAGUGCGGCUGUCGGUGUUUAUGGAACACCGUAUCCUUCAACAGACCAGAACCCGUAUCCUAGCAUCGGUGUAGACAGCUCGGCAUUCUACUCACCUUUGAGUAACCCUUACGCGCUGAAAGAGGGUGGUGGCGAGAUGUCUGCGUGGACGUCAGCCGGGCUUCAACCCUCGGGCGGCUACUACCCUUACGACCCCACGCUCGCUGCCUACGGAUAUGGCGCUGGGUACGAUUUAGCGGCGCGACGGAAGAAUGCGACGAGGGAAUCAACGGCGACACUAAAGGCGUGGCUGAAUGAGCACAAGAAGAAUCCGUAUCCGACAAAAGGGGAGAAAAUAAUGCUCGCAAUAAUCACAAAGAUGACGCUGACGCAGGUGUCGACGUGGUUCGCGAAUGCACGCCGGCGACUAAAGAAGGAGAACAAGAUGACGUGGGAGCCCAAGAAUAAAACCGAUGACGAUGACGACACAAUGCUGUCGGACGAGGAGAAAGACAAAGACGAGCAAGACGAAAAAAUAAAAAGUCACAAAGAUGAUGAGCGGAAGGGCGAUGAAUUACUGCAGGGUAUGCAUCAUCAGCUGUUGGGAUACGGAAUAAAGGAGGAGGCAAAGAGGGGGACGUCUGACUGUGGUGUCCCUAUUCCGGCAUCUAAACCGAAGAUUUGGUCACUGGCAGAUACGGCAGCAUGCAAGACUCCGCCGCCAGCAGCACAACCAUGGCCCCAGCACGCGUACGGCCCUGACCGGUCAGCAGUGGGCGACGGAAGCUCGAAUGGAUUCGCGUUGCCAGCGACGGCAGCUGCCAGUCCCGCUAGUGGGGCGUAUGGACGAUAUGGAGGUUUCCCUGGGGGGCAGUAUGGAGGCCAGCAUCCAUGUGUCCAUCCGGCUUCUUUUCCUGACGUCCAGACUGAUACGCCGCCCCAAACACCGCCCAAUAUGAAGGUGCCGAGCGUUGCCAACCCGUUGGGAAGCGGGGGCGGUUCCGGGUACUGCUUCCCCCGUCAUCAGCAGUCGCCACAGCGGGACCCCUACCACAACCCCCACCACGCGGCUAAUAAUCACCAACCUAACCAGCCCCAUCACAACGAAGGAUCUGCCGCUUUCAAACCCUUCUAUAAAAGCUCACAACAGCAUCCCAACGGUUUCGUGUCGGCCGUCUGAAAGCGGGCCGAGCACCACUGGCGGUAAAGCAUGUGUUAACUGAGUCGCUGCUUGGCGCAUAAAUAGGGACAAUGAAAUUCUCAGUGGCACAGUGUAAACUAUAGGGCAUCGAACUUGUCAUCAUACGACAACUCGUAGAUUGUAAAAUUAUUACUUUGGUACAUACUUUAUUUGUAUAUCGUAUAAGGUAAUUUCUAAACUACUAAAUUAAUGCACAGAUUAUUAUGAUGUAUAAAGAAUUCGUUAAGUACUUAAUUUUGUUCCAGUUUAAUCGACGGUUGUCCUCAACUAAGCGACUAAAACGCAUCGUCGUGUGAAAGAAACUUUGCUCAGUAUUUUAAUAGAUUUAAGAAUAUUAUGAAAAUUAUAUCCAAAUUAUAAAUACAAGAAACGCGCAAUUAAGUGUAAAAUCGAAUUAAAUAAUUGGUUUUAGUGAAAUAUUGUAUAUUGUAUUCCCGGUUGGGUAUCUGUAUGAUAAGUGAUCUAUGUAAGAAUUAUUAUUACAUUUUUUGAGUUCUUCCGAUAUGAUUUUACGGUUAACCUUUCGAGCAAUAAGUUAAUGUAGUUCUGGUGCCACACUUAUUUUCACUAGUUGUAAGUGCAUUGUAAAUUGAUACACAUUAAACGCAAGACUUAAUUUUAGAACCUUAGUGUGAGAUAAAUCUGAUUCCUAUAUUCUACACGCAUGUACUACUACUUGUAACAAAUAUGAAAUAUUAAUAAUAUCUAAUAAUCGACCUGACUGUAACUUCAAAUGUAAAAAAAAAUAAUUAAUUGUUUUAAAUAAUCAGAACUCUUCUUAGAUUACUUUUUGAUUUUGUAGUAAAUAAAUGUGCAGCAGAGGUUUUAGACUACUUUCUUCCGAUACAAAUUAACAGAUCUAUCUAGAUGAUAUUUGUGUAGUCAAAACGAGUAUAAUGGAUCUUAAUUUUAAAAAUCCGUCCAGCUAUUUUAAAUUGGAUACAAAAGUUACACAGGGACAAUGAAACACGAAAAUCUCUUAUUGCAGUCGGGUUCGAAGAAUGAGACCCUCUUACAGAAGAGAACAGUACUUAUGAAAAGUAAUCAACUAAUUAUUUUUCCUUAUUUAUCUACGACGGUCCAUAGGAUAAGAUAAUAGGUAGCGAUAUUUUCCUCUAUACUUGUAUACGACGCGUGCCAUGGCACCCAUUACAACGACUUGAGGAAACUCGCACUUUCACGGCUUUCGUUCGGAAACAGUUUAAGCUAAACUAGAUGGUAAUCGAUAGACCAGACAAUCGUCGAUUUGGUUAUUGUUGUUGUCAUUGUAUAUAAAAUGUUUUGUAGAUUUUCUAUAUUAGUUUCUUGACGAGUGUACAAAGUAUUGAUAUGGUUUCGCUAACUUUGAUGCUGUGCAAUGACGCAUUGAAUUUUAUAAAUAUUGUUUAAAGUAUUAUUAGAAUACAAUGUAAAUAAAUAUAUUAUACUAUUUUAUUUUAAAUCGGUCACAGUCUAUCGCGACAGGAUCCGGGGUUUUAUAAUAGAAUUUUAUUUGUUUGAUGUUGGAUUUAGUCAUGUGGGUAAAAAUUAGGUAAUUGCAAUGAAUAUAAAUGAUAUAUUUCAAUGGAUAUGUUUGGAAGAUUCGAUGAUAGGAUUAAUCUGAGGCCAUAUUUGUAUAAUUGUACAUCUGGGUAUAUGGAUUAAAAUAAACUACAAAUAAGCCGUGUUGCUUGAAAAUAAUUACUUUUGGGAAUAAAAUCUAUCUGUAAAUUCAAUGACCGAAAUAUUACUUAAGUCAAAUGUCUGUAAAUUAUGACUUCCGUUUAAACUAAAUAUGACCAUGAAAAUAAAGUCUUCAUAUCGCCUAUGACCAAUUUGAUACUAACAGCAGAAGAUCAAAACUGUAUAGAAGCAAAAAAGAUAUUUUGUUGUUUGUGGUCGUCAAGAAUAUGCUUGCCCACUCAGUAUAAAAAUUCCUGUCACUACCAUAAGUCAGCUAAAAGUAUGCACUAUGACUAAGAAGAGCACAUCGAACAUUUAUUUGUAGUAAUCAUUACUGAACUCUGUUAGUUGGGAAUGGCCAAUCGUCGCCAGCAAUAUUAAUUUCUUUUAGAUUACUUAGCCUUUAUUGUAAAGUCACAAAUUAAUUUGUGUCCAUAGUUUGAGGCUUCUCAUAAAACACGAUGCAACGCAAUCAAACGAAAAUUUCAAUGUGACCAAAUCGAAUACAUUCACUUAAUAUUAAAUGUUCUAUAUAGAUAUUUAUAGAAUAUAUACCUAUUAUUAUUAUGAGUAAAAUUAUGUAACGAUUGUAAUUAAAUCUUUAUUUCAAA